AUGGAUCCAAAGGACUCAUCAGAGACGCCGCUUCCAGAGAGGCCUUUCCAUUCGAAGCGCCCGCACAGAAAGUCGCGAGGUGGCUGUCGUAACUGCAAGGCCAGGAAGAUCAAGUGUUCCGAAGACAGGCCACAAUGUAGGACGUGCGUCCUGCGUAUGGAGGAAUGCGUCUAUGCACUCCCGCCCGCCAAAAAGGGCUCUCAGUCAGCAGGUGCGGCUGCGGCUGCGGCUUCAUCUAAAUCGAGCUCGCCGCCGUCUGCGUCUUCACCUUCGUCGUCAAGCGAAGCAGCGAACACCCCGCAACUUAAUGAGGACUUUGCAGUGCUGCCCAUUUCGCCCCAGCCGGCACCACGGCCUGCUGAAUCUGAAUAUCUCGACAUGAAGCUCCUGUGGUUUUAUACCGCCAAAGGAUGUGAAUCCUUCAACGCUGACCUGAGCGAGUACGGUACAAGCAAGCAGUCCAAGCUAAAUCAGACGUUGCGCUUCACUAUUCCCAGGAUCGCUCUAGAGCACCGCUUUCUCAUGGACUGCAUGCUUGGCCUCUCGGCCCUUCAAAUGACUUCCAUGGAGAACGAGAAGAUACCCACGUCGAGGAUCAUGUUAUAUAAUUCUUCGGCAAUGAAGGGCUAUCGGCAAGCCAUCGAGGCGGCCAAGCCGAGGACCUUUAACGCUUUGUUGACAUGCUCUCUUUUUAUGUGCGCCCUUUCAUCCGAGAACUUUCGCCAACCUAGCCCGCCUCCUCUCUUCAUACUAGAUUGGAUCGUGGUCUGGAAAGGCAUCUCCCUGAUAUACGGCAUGAUAGUACAGCAUACCGGCAGUCCCAUUAAAGGCGGUUCCGAACCUUCUGGAUUGGCGUCACUGUUUAGUCGACCUCCUGUCAACGGCGAGGAGGCAGCUCGCUACAUUCCUGGGAACCUUUUGUUUAUGGUUUCCUCACUCAAGGAGGGAGACGACGAGUUCCCAUACGUCCAGGCCUACUACAGCACACUGAAGGUCUUGGGUGCUCUGUACAUGGAUCUCGAGCAAACGUACGGUCCAAUCCUCACCUUGCGCGUCAUCACAUUCUUCACUUUCGUGCCGCCCUUGUUCGUCGAGGCCGCGCGGGAGAAGCGACCGCGUGCCCUCGUCAUCAUUGCGCACUGGCUGGCCUUCUCAAAGCUUGCCACGCAUAUAUGGUGGAUGCGUGGCCUGGCUGACCACGAGGUUUACAACAUUAACAAUGUGUUGGGCGACGAAUACCGCCAGCUUAUGCAGGUGCCUCUUGCCGCCGUCGAUAUUGAGGACUAUGUCGAGCUGGGCAGGUUGUUGUCCAAUAAUUACACCUUUGAGCCUGUCAGGCGCAGGCUGGCAGACCUGCCGCCUGACAAGCUUCCGGCGUUGUUUACGGAUGACGAAGAUGGCAACUUUGUCCCUGUCACGAGCUUGCCAGUAUGA